GGAAGGUGUAUUGUUCGUGAGAAGGGUUGUGGGAGACUUGAGGUAUCCCAGGAGAGGGUGAAACCUGCUGAGGAAAGAGAAGCUUUAAGUUUUGCUUGAGGCUGGGCACAACCUUGAUGUUGCAAGAUGCAAAGGCAGAAGAGAUCAUGACUUCCGUCAAAGAGCAGGAAGCCAUCAGGAAGCUCAUGGUUUUCUUGCAGGAAUGGGAUAGUGCCCACAAAGUUGCUCGAAGCCACAUGCUGAACAACUUCAUUAAAAGCAAUGAUGGCAAGACAGAACCAGAGCUGGAGCUGGAGUUCGCCCAGGGAGCCAGCUUGUUUCUGGCUCGCCUCACGGCAUGGCUCAGGAUGACCUACACGUACAACACGUGCCUCAACCAGCUGCUCAAGUCCAUUGGCAUCUUCUUAUCUGCUGCAAGUGGACGCAGAUACCUUAUCGAAUUUCUGGAGAUCGGAGGUGUCUUGAUUCUCCUGGAAAUACUAGGGCUGAACCACCUGAAAGAAGAGGACAAAAGGGAGUGUGUAAAGCUGCUCCAGCUCGUCGCAAACUCUGGCAGGAAGUAUAAGGAGUUCAUUUGUGAAAGCUACGGGGUGCGAUCCCUCGCCAAUUUCUUGGCCACUUCCAACUCAGCAGAGGCUCAAGAAGAUGUGCAGGUUCUACUGGACUCCUUGGGCCGUGGCAAUCCCAAGUACCAGAACCAAGUCUACAAAGGCCUCGUUGCUGUGCUGCCCUGCGCCUCCCCCCGAGCCCAGCAGCUGGCUCUGCAGACGCUCGUGGUCAUGCAGGACUUGCUGGGAGAGGCGCCCGCAAUCCUGGUGGAACCCGUGCUGGGCGCGCUGUGCUCAGUGCACCUGGACGUCCAGUACGAAGCCAUCCAGCUGCUGAAGGCCCUCAUGGCCUGCCAGGUCCGGCCGGCCCUGCUGAAGGGCUUGGUUGCCCUACUGACACCACCCGGGGAGACAGCUUUUACCUCCUGCGACGAGACCGCCAAAGACCCAGCCACACUUUGCCCAAGGGAGCCCAUGCUGGUGUAUAUUCAGCAAGCAGCUGCUGCAAAAGCCAUUGGUGUAUUAGCCAAGGAGUCAGCAGAAGUGGCGGAAGAGCUGAUCCAGCUGAAAGUGGUACAUGGCCUGAUGGUUGCUGUGGGGAACCUGGAUCAUGCGGCCAGCCAGAGACAUGCCAGCAUCUCCCUGGAAGUGAGCAGGAAUGACUGUCCACCAGAAGAAAAAAAGCGCACAACUCCAAUCCAGAACCAAAUCUGGGAAUCUGUCAAGACUCACAGUGUUCCUGAAUGCUUAUGACAAGAAUUACCAUACAUCCUUUCAGAGAGUGGGAUGUUUUCCAGGAAGAAACCAAGCAGCCCUUUGCCAACUAAAUGAAGGAAAGCUACCAAGCCUGAAACGUGCAAGUGUCAUCUUGUUAUGACAUGACAAAAGUCAGUCUCCCUUUUACUUGUCACGUCACCAGGGAGUUGUAGAGGCAUGUAAAGCAGAGACUGGGAGGCACUCACUGCUCUGUCAGGGGUUCCAGGUAUCAGCAAGACCCCAGGAAAACCUGGGGCUCAGUCCCUGCAAAUCUACCUUGCCCUGCAGGUACCUAAGGUCAAGCGCAGGGCACUCAAAACACACUCUCACCAUCUGCUUGGAGGCAUUUGAGAUCUCCAAGUCCUUCAGAUUUUAGCCCAAAUCUCCAAGGUGCCAUAUUCUAUUAGUUCAUAUCAAAGUCUGUCAAUAACACAAAGUGUUUUGUGUCAUCUGUAGGGCCAUGUCAGGGACACAAUCUUAGCACACCACUUACAGAUAGGACCCAAAGUAUUACAUAAAGUAAAAGGCAUGGAGGUAACCAUUCAGGACAAGGUAAACUCCCUGCAAAAACCAGGGCAGUCUGAAGUCUAGCAGGAGAGACUCCUCCUCUGAGGAAAGGAGACAUUAGUCACAGUUUAAUACAAUGUCCAUUAUGUCUCACACAGAGAGCACCCAGGUUAGUUUCAUAAGACAGCUCUAAGAUAAUUUGCUCCUAGCAAACAAUUUCCAAAUUGCCAUUACAGGCAGUGACAACAAGAGAACUUUUGGUCAGCAUAAAAGCAGCCAAAAAUCCUUCUGCAAGAAGAGUAGAAUGCUCAGAUCAGAAAGGCCAUUACCUGUCAG